UGAAUGGGCGCAAAAUCCGUUCCUUGUUUGUUAUACUCCAGUAGGGACUGGGGUUUACGGUUUAAUUAAUACUACGACUGGUUGAAUUUGAUUAAUUUUAAUGAAAAGGCUGCAACUUAACGAGGACAAACGGAGCACGGGCCUUCUGUCAUCGGUUUUAUCCCGUAGUGCUACGACAAACUGGACUCUGAUUUGUAACGUAAGCUAGGACUGCUAGCUAACAGUGGCUGCACACAAAACAAUGUCGAGUCUUCCUCAGAAUAACUUGAAGGAACAAUUAGCUAGGCACAGCAAUGCUGCUCAGACCAAGCUGUCUCUCGCUAAACCUAAACCGGGGACAUUUUCUUUCAAGAAAAAAUCCUCAUCAGGGACUACCAAAGUGGAAGUCCCAACAAAGGUAAUCAGCACAAAUGUUUUGGCAAACAGGAAUGUCAAUGUUCUCAAGGACACUUUGGUAACUAAAUCUCCUCUGACACUUUCAAACAAGCUUGAGAUACCUCAAAAGUCCAAAAUCAACAACUUCUUCCCUGUAAAUUCAAAAUGCAAGUCGGACUCAAUCAGCUCAGCAGGUGAUUGUUCAGGCCAGCUUACCUCCGCGCCGACUGAUGUUACUGCAUCUACAGCUCCAACUAAAUCUGGUGGCAAUGGCAGCAAUUCCACAAAUCUGGAUGGAUCUCUUGGAUUCCCCAUGGAAGACUGGGAUGACUUGGAUGACUUUGAAACACCUGUCAAAGGAAAAAAUGACUCAUUCAGUUCAGAAACGUCAGAAAGGAAAAGCAGGACAGUACAAUCCCCUAGUGAAGAAAAAACCGGACCCUCGCUUGUCAAGAUGGAUUUAACCAACGGUUGUCCAACUAAGAAUGUUUUUUCCAACAGCGAAAAAACAAAUUUAAACACAAAUAAAGUGCAUUCUGGUGCUAAUAAAGAUGCAGCAUCACCAAGACCUUUUUUAAGUUUGGAUCCAUUUGAAAGUGAUGAGGAGGAUUUUCCUUUGAAAGUGACCAGAAGACGUGUUCCCGCUCAGACUGUCAUGAGUGAUAGCGGAGAGGACAGUGACACUGUGCUUGAGCCUUUUAAAGAAAUGAGAGACUCUAAGAAUAAAGAGACUCAUUCAAAAGCCAUCGAAAUUAUUGACAACUCAGAGCCAGAAGAUGACUUGGAUUACAUUCCUCCAUCUCCAAUCCCAGAUGAAACCCCUUGUCCCAGUUUCACAAUGGAGACAAAGUGUAAAUCAAAUGGUGCUGAAAACGGUGACAACCCUGUGCAGUCAAAAGGACCCCCCCAAACAGUAACCUCUGAUAAACAUUCACAAGACACAACAGGGGAUCAACUUUUCAGUGUCAUGGAAUCAAUUUGUUCUCUGGUUGAUUCCAUCCCUGAACAUGAACUUAUAGCUCUGUCAUGUGGCAGUGAGCUUUUAUUAAAGAGGGCUCAGAGGAAGAGGAUUCUUGCAACGGGUAAUGAUGUUUUUCUGAGGAUGCAGCAGCCAGACAGCACUGUCCUUUCUGAAUCCAGCUUUAAAGAGAAGUCCCCUGUUAGCUGUGACCUGUCAUCCAGCAGAUCUACAGCAGCCAACUACCAGGAUCCUCCUCAGAUCAGGAGGUCUUCGGUCAUCUCUGUGAACUAUGACUCUGAUCCCUCUAAUAGUGUAACAAAUGCCAAGCCCUCGAAUAAGAAGAACUAUCAGACAGUCUACACAGAAAAUGAGAGUGACUUCAAUUCGCCAUCAACAAACAGCCUCAUAAACCAGGAUUAUUCAAAGAAGACCCUUACAGAUUUUGAGGACUCAGUUCUCUUCUUUUCACCCAAAAAGCCAGAGCCAGUUGUGCAGAGCAGUGGGAAUGGGAACAAAUCUAACCCCUCAGCAGCUACAACAACGACAGAGGCGAUUGAUCCAGAUGACUUUUACAUUGAUGACUUUGACAUUGAUGACUUUAAUGACUCAGAUAUUCCUGAUUAUUUUGAUGAACCCACAACCUCAUCUGUAUCACAACAAAACACAACCCCUGGGGCUACAACAGUGAAAGGGGGAGCAAGCAAGUCUCUAUGGGAGAAGAAACCAGCCACACCUGCUCCUGCACGAAAGCCUGCACAGAUCUCCUCUCCUGAGCCCACUUACAGAAACCCAGCCCAUGACCGUUUCCGAGGGUUCAACUUCCCCCACUCACAAGAAAUGAUGAAAAUCUUUCACAAGCGUUUUGGUCUCCAUCAGUUCAGGUUCAAUCAACUGGAGGCAAUUAAUGCAACACUUCUGGGUGAAGAUACAUUUGUUUUGAUGCCAACAGGAGGAGGUAAAAGCCUUUGCUACCAGCUGCCGGCCUGUGUGUUACCAGGCGUGACUGUGGUCGUCUCCCCACUCAAAUCACUGAUUGUGGACCAGGUCCAGAAAUUAACCACUCUGGAUAUCCCAGCGACAAAUCUGUCUGGAGACAAAAGUGACAGUGAAGCCUCAAGGAUUUACAUGCAGCUUUCCAGAAAAGACCCCGUAGUAAAACUGCUGUAUGUCACACCUGAAAAGGUAAGUGCAAGUAACAAGCUGAUCUCGGCCAUGCAGAACCUGUACGAACGAGGCCUUCUGACCCGGUUUGUCAUAGAUGAAGCCCAUUGUGUCAGUCAGUGGGGUCACGAUUUCCGUCCUGACUACAAGAGGUUGCAUGAACUACGCCAGAAGUUCCCCAAUGUGCCCAUGAUGGCUCUGACUGCCACCGCCACCCCUCGUGUCCAGAAGGACAUUCUGAACCAGCUGAAUAUGACUCGUCCACAAGUGUUUACUAUGAGCUUCAACCGAACAAAUCUGAAGUACUCUGUGCUCCCCAAAAAACCCAAAAAGGUUGAUGAGGACUGCACCAGUUGGAUCAAGAAGCACUACCCGAGAGAUUCAGGCAUUGUGUACUGUCUGUCUCGUAACGACUGUGAUGCUAUGGCUGAGAGUCUGCAGAGAGCAGGCAUACUCGCAUUGUCAUAUCACGCAGGCCUGAGUGACGGUGACAGAGAAUAUGUGCAGAGCAAGUGGAUCAAUCAGGACGGCUGCCAGGUCAUCUGUGCCACCAUCGCCUUUGGUAUGGGCAUUGACAAGCCUGAUGUGCGCUACGUGAUCCAUGCCAGCCUACCAAAGUCAGUGGAGGGUUACUAUCAGGAGUCUGGGAGAGCCGGCAGAGACGGAGACAUCUCACACUGCAUUCUGUUCUACUCUUACUCUGACGUUCACCGCAUCAAGAGGAUCAUCAGCAUGGACAGAGAGGGUGACAGACACGCCAAGGCGACUCAUUUCAACAACCUCCACAGCAUGGUGCACUUCUGUGAGAAUUCGAUGGAGUGCCGCAGAAUUCAGCUGCUGGCGUAUUUUGGAGAGCUGAAGUUCAACAAAAGCUUCUGCAAAGACCACCCUGAUGUCAGCUGUGACAACUGCAUGAAACCCAACCAAUACAAGAUGAGAAAUGUGACGGACGAUGUGAAGAAGAUCGUGAGGUUUGUCCAAGAGAACUGCGAGAAAGUUGGAGCAAGGUUUGGUAAAACUGCUCAACAAACCCGCCUGACACUGAACAUGCUGGUGGAUAUCUUCAUAGGAUCAAAGUCUGCCAAGAUACAGACAGGAAUGUUUGGGAUAGGAGCGGCGUACUCCAGACACAACGCUGACCGUCUCUUCAAAAAACUGGUUCUGGACAACGUUCUAGUAGAGGAUCUGUACAUCACCAACGGUGGUCAGGCCGUCGCUUAUGUCUCAGCUGGACCAAAAGCAAUGAACAUUCAGACAGGAAACAUGCAGGUGGAGUUCUAUGAGACGGAGAGUGCGUCCAGCAUCAGGAGACAUAAAGCUUCUGUGGCUAAAAAUGUCUCCCAGAGAGAGGAGAUGGUUCAGAAGUGUCUGACGGAGCUGAUGGAUCUAUGCAAGCAGCUAGGAAAAGCAUUCGGCAUUCACUAUUACAACAUUUUCUCAACUGCCACCCUGAAAAAGAUAGCUGAAAAGCUUUCGUCCGAUCCAGAGGUGCUCCUUCAGAUUGAUGGUGUUACAGAGGACAAACUGGAGAAAUAUGGGGCUGAAGUCAUCCAGGUCCUGCAGAAGUACUCUGAAUGGAAGCUGCCUGCAGAGGAACAGACAGACAACACUGAUGACGGGUGGAUAGACACGACACGAGGCCGAGACCUUUUUGAUGAGGAGGAAGACUCUGAAUCAUCCACCUACUUCCGUAAACAAGGCGCACAGGGACAAAAGCGCAAGAAAGGCCCGUUCUUUAAAUAUUCCAAGAAACGUAAAGCUUAUGGAAACUCCAAUACCUCUUACUCUAAAGGUCGUGGCUACAGCAACAGCGGCAGCAAUCAGUGGAGGUCAUCGUCCAGCUCCAGAGGUGGAUCUAAAGGUUAUUCCGGGUCUGCGGGUCGGGGGUCCAGGGCCUCAGCGGGAGACUCAUCAGCAGGCAGGAGGCCAGGUUUCUUAGCUGCUCCGACUCCACAAACCAACCCACGACCCUUUUUAAAACCAACCUUUUCACACUUAAACUAGGACCAUUAGCACCGGGAUAAGGAGACGUUUACACUAAGAUACUUUAAAUUUCUGCUAUAUUUGCAUAUUUUUAUGCUGUGCAUAGUUGUUAUGAGGUCUAAUUUUAUAAGUGUAAAAUUGUAAUUAUUUUUGACUGUAAAUCUGUGAU